AUGAGAUAUGAAGUGAGUCAUUGGAAAGAAAAAGAAAUUGAUGCUUCAGAAAAAAGACAACUUGGUGGAUGCCCUUUGACUCCAAGGGAGACUUCUCUUUUACUCAAAGGAUUAGGGUUUCCUUCCACCACAAGAAUCUAUUUAGUAGCUGGUGAAGCUUAUGGAAAAGGCACAAUGGAUCCUCUCAAUCAAGAUUUCCCAAACAUUUUCUCACAUUUCACUCUUUCAACUGAAAGAGAAUUGAAACCUUUCAAGAAUCACCAAAACAUGUUGGCUGGUUUAGAUUACGUAAUUGCCCUUCAGAGCGAUGUUUUUGUUUACACUUAUGAUGGGAAUAUGGCAAAGGCUGUUCAAGGGCAUAGGAGAUUUGAGGAUUUCAAGAAAACUAUCAAUCCUGAUAGGAUGAAUUUUGUUAAGCUUGUAGAUGAAUUGGAUGAAGGGAAGAAAUCUUGGGAGGAGUUUAGUUUGGAAGUGAAGAAGCUUCAUGAGAAGGGAGAUGGAGGUCCAUAUAUGAGGGAACAAGGGGAAUUUCCAAAAUUAGAAGAGAGUUUUUAUGCAAAUCCACUUCCUGGAUGUAUAUGUGAUAGAACACAUGAAAAAGGAUAUUGA